AUGAGCCCUAUUCCUACAAUUGAACAUGUCCUGCACACCUGGAUUCGGCGCGAUGAGCCCGAUAAUCCAGAACAGAGACCGAGUGACCCCAAUGGACUUGUCCUUGAGGCGUGGGCUCAAGGGUACAUGGUUGGAUCACUUAUCAUCAUGUCCUGCAUCACGUUGGCAAAUAUGCGGAAAGGCGUUCUGCUGCACAAGCUGAUUUUGCUCGAGCUCGUCCUUGGGUAUUGGCAAGGCUUCUUCAUCCUGUUCAAUCCGCCUGUCUACGCCUGGUGGCUUUCCGUAGCCGCCAUUCCGCUCAACAUUUCCUGGUGGUUGCACAAUGUGAUCGCCUGGAUGAAGUUGAGACCUUUUCUCAACAAGACGGUCAGUCGACUAUUCAUCGGCACUGUUAUUUUAGUUAUCCCGUACUGGAUUGUUGAGAUAUACGCCAACUUCACCUAUUUUCACAACGUCAACAAGGUCUUCCUGAAGACGAGGCCAUGGGAAGCGCUAUGUCGGGAUCCAUGGUGGAUCUUGGCGGCCUGCCUCUUGAUAUACAACAUCAAGACCAAGUACGACUUGACUCUAACGCAAAUCGUCCGCAUCUCUCCUCGAUUUGCUGUCAUGCUGGGUGCCAUGGUACUCAGCAUAUGCUUUAUUGUUCUUGACGUCCUUUCAGUUACCUCGGCUCUGAAGUCUGUGCUACCCGUGGGCAUCAACCCGUUCUGGAAACUUUCCUUUGUCUUCAAGUGUUUGACCGACUCAGUUGUCUUGGACGAUUUCAAAACAGCGCUGGACCGAUUGAGGGCAUUUAAAAUGAGCCGGCUCGGCAGCUUCGCCAUGGACGCGGCAGACAACCGAAACAAGAAGCACAGGGAUGACGUUAACAGCACCAACAAUUGGGCCACUCCGUCUGUUGCACCCAAUGGUGACAAGCCUCAACCAGUCGGUCCUCUACCAAUCUUGCCCAGCCCUGACAGUGACUACAUCAAGCCCGGCUGGGAAGAGCUGAAACACGCCCGCUCAGCUCAUGUGGAAAAUGGAAACGCUGCAGAUCUCGCACGAAAUGGCUCGAGAGAUGGCGAUCCAGACGAGAAUCCUUUUGAUGCGAUAGAUUAUGCCGACCCUCAACGAGAGUCGAGUGACACGCAGAUGCUCAAACCCCAAGGCAGUUGGCUGCAUAGGCGCUCCUCUGAAGAAACUUCCGACGUCGACAUCGAAUAUGCCAUGGCGGUCCGGUCGAUGACCAAUGAUUCGAUGGACAAACAACGCGAUAGGAGAAAAUCAAUCGGCGUCGCCAGGUGA